AUUUGUUUGCAUAGCAAUCAAUGUAUUCAUUAUAUGCUAACCCUCAAGAAAAUACAAAAAUAUAAAACGAUUGUACAGCAGCUUUUAAGUCAUUACAAUUUGAAAGGAUCCUUGGCAGAGAACUUUGAAAAGCAAUGGAUUAUUUUUAUUAUAAAAUUUGCUCUGUUUUCUUUUGGCAAAUUCUUUUUUUUAUUCACUUUCUACCAGAAUUAGAAGGAUGCAAGACUUCCAAGUUUAACCCCCAACUGGAUGACAUUUGGAAACACUACAAGAAAUUGUAUUUGAAACAUUACAAAGACAAAGCCGAAGACGAUCUCCGAAGAGGAAACUUGGAAAAAGUAGUCAACGAGAUAUCGCAUCAUAACUUAUUAGCAGAUUUAGGAAUGACUAAAUUUACCAGAGGCCUCAAUAAAUACUCUGACUUGACCAAAGAAGAGUUCCAGAAAUAUUUAACUGGUUACAGACCAGAAAAUGAUACAAAACAGCAUAAAACACAUCAGAGGUCAAAGCGAUCUGAUACAUCGUUGCCAAAAACUAUUGAUUGGGUAAAAAAGGGAGCUGUCACAUCUGUACCGGAUCAGGGUCAUUGUGCCAGUUGCUGGGCUUUCGUUGCUCUGGGAUCUCUAGAGGCUCAACAAUAUUUCAAAACUGGAACUCUCAAAAGUCUCAGCGUUCAAAAUAUCAUUGACUGUGCUACAGAAAAGGGUGAUGGUUGUGAUGCAGGAUUAAUGAUUACAGCGUAUAAAUAUGCAGAGAAAAAUGGCGUCGAUACACGUCAUGCUUAUCCUUAUAAAGAAAAGGAAGGGAAGUGUAUGUUUGAUGAUUCAAAAGUGGGGGCUACUUGUUCUGGAUAUAAAAUCCUGCCCAAGGGAGAUGUGGAAGAACUGAAAAAGACGGUGGCAACUAUUGGUCCUGUAGCAGCGGCAUUCAACGGACACUUGGACAGUUUUCAUGACUACAAAAGGGGAAUCUACGACGAUAAAGAUUGUAAGAGCGACGACUUGAAUCACGCAGUUCUCGUAGUUGGUUAUGGAACUGAAGACGAUACAGACUACUGGCUCAUAAGGAAUAGUUGGGGAAAAUCAUGGGGUGACAAUGGAUACAUGAAACUGCUGAGAAACUCAGAAAACUUAUGUGGAAUUGCUACCAGGGCAUCGUAUCCUAUGGUUUGAGAGUUAAUAAAAAAAAUUUCUGCAGCAA